UUUUGGUAAAAGAGACAAAGAACGCACAAACAAAAGAGAGGGAGGGAGAAGAACAUAUCUUAUCUGCCUAUCGGUGGGUCAGAAACAGAAAUGGCGAAUUCACUAUGCUUCUUAGCUUCUCCUCCUACCAGUUGCAUCCAGUCUUCCAUCAAAAGCCAUAUACCAACUCACUUCUUCUUUCUAGGAAGUGAUCAGAACUCGUCGUUGACUCAGAAGAGACAAGUGUUUCAGACUUGUAAAUCCAAAAGCUUCAAAAUUCAGGCCACAGACGGUACUGAGACCACUAAAUCGAACAGCAUACUUUGUCCAAACUGUGAAGGCAAGGGUGCUGUGGCAUGUUCUCAAUGCAAAGGAGGAGGUGUGAAUUUGAUUGACCAUUUUAAUGGGCAGUUUAAAGCUGGUGACUCCUGUUGGCUUUGUGGUGAGAAAAAGUUUAUUUUAUGUGGGGACUGCAAUGGAGCGGGUUUCCUUGGUGGUUUCUUGAGCACCCAGGAUCAGUAAUACAUAAAAAAGCCUCUUCAAAAGUUGGAUCCUGUACCUUUAUGUACAAACCUUAGAUGUAAAAGUCGUUCUCUCUCUAUCAAUGCUCUUCUAAAACCAAAAUGUAUAUUAGUAUUACUAUUUGUUACUGAACACCAUCUUUGUUUCUAGUGCAUCUCUCACACGUCACAGUUCA